AUUGUCGUUCAUGAUGUUGAUGUUUUGAUUCAGUUGAAGAGGCGUGACUGUCGAUUUGCACAGAGGAUAUUUCCCUAUUAUAUUUCUUACGCUGCAGUUUACCUUUAAAACAGCUUGUUGAAAGAUGUCUGAAAGCUCCAGCGACACUGAAUCUUCCUGUGGAUGGACGGUCAUUAGUAAUGAGGGUUCAGAUAUUGAGACGCUGGGCCCUGAUAACAUUGGAGACUGUGAUGAAGGAGAGGUUAGCCAUGCACCGGACAUACCAGCCGCAGAAUGCGAAGAGGAAAGUCUGGUUGAGACUUCUCUGGAACUCACCUUGAGAGCGGAGGUGACUUCAGAGGUUGAACCCGCCAGAGAGACAGGAGAGGAUGUUGCUGGGGAAGACCAUGUGAUUCUUUGCUCCUCCAGUGAGAACUCUGACAUCAUCACACUGGGGAACACUCGGGAGGCAGAUAUUGACACAUGGGAGGAGCCUGUUGCUAAGGAGAUGGAGGAAACAGGAAGUGAAGAGCUCUAUCUUGGAACCUCAUCAAGCAGCCACUAUACCUUCAGAGAGGCAGAGACAAUGGAUUGGUGGAGGCGUGGAUGGGGAUUUUCCAGAACGCUGUGGGAAUAUGGCAGCCAGCUGCAGAGCUCUCUCUCUUUCUCAGUUUUCCCAGUGGAUCAGCCUGUGCAGAGAGACUCCAGUAACAGCAGCAGCGAGGAAGAUGAGGAUGAGAUGAAGAGCAGUCCUGUGGUGAGGAGACGCAGAAUGAGGUGGAGCACGACUGGCUCGGAGCCCGGAGACUCGCAUGAGCCGCAGAGGAGACAGGAGGUCCUUGAAGAGAUUCAGGCUCAUCCGGACCCCCGCGCUGCUCAUCAGUAUCAAGGCCAGAUCAGCGGCACUCUGAACAAAUGCAUCCUUCUUGCACUGCUCAUUGCCAUCAGUAUGGGAUUUGGACACUUCUACGGCACAGUACAGAUUCAGGAAAGGCAGAGGAUUGUGGAAAAGAGUCGUGUGAAUGAGCUGGAGGCACCGUGUAAGAGAGAGAUGGAUAUUGUCAGUAAGGAAGUGGUUGAGAAUCUAAAGGAAGAUCUAGAGGAAAAGCAGGAUAUGGUGCUGUCCCUCACAAGCAUUAUGGAUAAAAUAACUAAAGAAAACCAGCAUCUCCGAUUUAAACAGGAAGAGCUACAGGCACAAAGACAAAAUUUGUAUGACCAACUCUCACAAGCCAAGAGCGAGAUGGGGUCUCAGCAGAAGGAUUUGACCAUGGAAAACCAGCAACUUAAAAUCACUCUCGAGAAAGAGGAGGCGUCCCUCUUGGCUUUGCAGGAGGAACUGAGGUACCUACGUGGACAGAUUCGAGAGUUAGAGGAGAGAGGAGCUGGAACAGACUCGAUCUUGUCCGAAAACCAACGUUUGAAGGGCCAUUUGCAAGAGGAGAAGCAGAAAGUGCGUAGCUUCAUCAGCCAAAGGGAGGCGCUCAUGGCCGAGGCUCAGGUCCUACGGAAGGAGCUUGAUAAAGAACGAAAGGUUACGGACAAGCUGAAAGAGGAACUUGAGGAAAUGAGUCAGAAAGAGGAAGACGUGGAGGGAAAGACUGAUCCAGAGACCGAAGAACUCCAGGCUCGACUUCUGGAGCUCGAGAACAAGCUGAGAUUUGAGCAACAACGCUCAGAUCUUUGGGAGAGACUCUACGUAGAGUCAAAGGAGAAGAAAGCAAAAGGCGAUCAGGACGUAAAGACCAAGAUUCCGAAGGAUGGGAUGAUGGGAAAGGUGAAGGAAACGUUUGAUGCUGUCAAGAAUUCCACAAAAGAGUUUGUGCACCAUCACAAGGAGCAGAUCAAGAAGGCCAAAGAAGCAGUAAAGGAAAAUCUCAGGAAGUUUUCAGACUCUGUUAAGUCCACGUUCAGACACUUUAAAAACUCCGCCUCCAAUGUUUUCAAUAGGGGCGACGAAAAAAGGUUCCAAGAGAGGAAGGAUGCCAAACCUCAACGUCAGACAUUUCAGCAAGAUGGUUUUAAAGAACAGGGCAACAAACGUGCAGAAGACAUCCAUUGGCAGCCUCAAAAACCUUUACAUCGACACCCUCGCAAAUCAACCAUCGACUCUUUUCACAGCGAUAGCAACACACGCAAACCCGGCACUCAGAAAGAGCAAAGUCAGAAAAUGCCCCCCAAAGGGUGUUCAGGUGUUUUUGAUUGUGCUUAUCAGGAGUCUAUGAGUCUGUUCAAUAAGGCAAUGGACCCCAUCCGUGCGGAUGAGUUUAACGAACUCUUGCGAAGCUAUCUUCAGAAGGAGGUCGGCUAUUUCCGCCACUGGAGGGAGCUAGAGAGCUUCAUCAAUAAUUUCUUCCAUAAUGGCAUCUUUAUACACGACCAGAUGCUAUUUACAGACUUUGUUAGUAGUGUUGAGGAUUAUCUUGAGGAAAUAGAUGAAUAUCAUAGUCUCGAUGAUGACGUAUUCGAAGAUCUGGACGACUACAUCUACAGGCACAUAUUUGGAGAUACGUACUUAAAAUAUUUUGGGCCGAGUCGACCCUUUGAAGGGCCGGGGUCAAAGGGCAAGCCAUGCCGUCAUUGUCAGCGGCAAAAGAGGAAGCACCAGCAGCCACGCCCUCGGCCUCAGAGAGCCAAGAAAUGGAGCCAAUCAGGACGCUAUCCCAACCGACAGUUUGCUGAUGUCAAAAUAGAGCUUGGCCCUAUGCCCUUUGAUCCGAAAUACUAGAAGAAACAUUAAAUUUGUUCUAAUUUUUGGAGAUGGUUGAUGAAAUCUUUAGGUUCACAUUUUCUGUGAAAUUUGCACAAUGUAAUUGUUCUAAUGCUGGUUAAAUGAUUCUUUAUGUAUUUGCUCUCUUUCUGCACUAUGGUGACAGCAAAGUCUUAGCAUUUAAACAGCAAUUUUCUUGUAGCAAUUUAUAAUUAAUUAUAGGUCAUUUUUUGAGGAAGAUUUAUUUUUUAUUUUCUUCCCUGAGCAUGUUGAAAAAGUUGAGGAUUUAUAAGUAUUUGAAAUUGCUAUGAAUGUAUAACAAGUGGGACAAACUGCUUUGAUUGGGAUUAUUAACUAAAGCACUUUUUAUGGAUGCAUUUUACAAAAAAAAAAUAGUUUUCUAAACAAAACAAAAAAUCAAUCAUUGAGGACAUAAACAUGUUUCAGUUCUGUUAGGACCAAAUAACCAUUUAAAAUAAAUUAAAAUUAUAUUUUGUCAAAAGUGUGUCAGAAGUUCAGUAGAUUUAGGACGAAAAUUAAAACAUUGCUCUUGGUUAAAAUG